AGCUCUCUUUCUCUAUCUCUGUUCUGUUUUCAGCCUGACAAUUAUAGGAGGUCGAUCGAUCUACUUAAUUGUGAGGCUGAAAAUGGGCAAAAAAUGCUCACAUUGUGGGAAUAUUGGACAUAACUCAAGGACAUGCACCACUCACAAAGGAAGCCUUGUUAAUGGGUUGAAGCUAUUUGGGGUGCAACUAAUUGACAUGUCGUCUUCUUCUUCUUCUUCAACUGAUUUUAUUUCCAUGAAAAUGAAGAAGAGUUUGAGUAUGGAUUGGUUAUUAUCAGCUUCAUCAACACCAUCUUCUCCUUCUUCUUCCUCUUUUGCAUCUAACUCGCAGGUUUCCCUGAAUGAUAAUUCAAACAAGAUGCCUAAUGGGUAUCUCUCUGACAGCGUUGUGGGGCGAACUCUGGAGAGGAAGAAAGGGGUGCCAUGGAGUGAAGAGGAGCACCUAAUAUUUUUGGAAGGGCUUGAGAAACUUGGCAAAGGCGACUGGAGGGGCAUUUCCAGGAACUUUGUCACCACAAGAACUCCAACCCAAGUAGCCAGUCACGCCCAGAAAUACUUUCUCAGGCAAAAUUCUCUCUCGACGAGAAAAACCCGUCCCAGCCUCUUCGAUUUGGUCACGAGGAAGGAAGAACUGGUCCUGCAGUCUCAUGCAUCUUCAAUUUCUCUGGGCUUUUGGCAAAAGAAACAAGCUUGCAGGGCCACCUACCAACCUUCAUCAAUUCCUGUUUGGCUACAUGGGUCAUGUGAAUCUCAGUACUAUAUUGCUAAUUCCAGUUUGGCAAAGUCCUCUGUUCACAGUGUAGCAGUACCUGAUCUGGAGCUUACUCUUGCAGCCUCAAGGCCAAUCAUGAACCCGAGUCAAUAUUCAUGUACUUUUGGUUUGAGCUAUUAGGGGUGUCUAGUAAAACAAUCCUCCAGAGCUCAUGCUUAUAUACAGAAGUUAAUUACAUACAUAAUGUGAUGUGUGUAAACUUAUUUUCAGUUUGUAUCCACAAAAUAAUAAGAUCUUUUGAAU